AUGACCAAAGUAUACCAGGAAGAGUACCGGCGACGGAUGCACAACGAAGAGUUGGAGAGACAACUGAAUGGCAUGGUUAUUGAAGAGAAGACCGAGCCUGCCGUUGAGCAUCAGCUUCCAGAGCGCUCAAGCUUGCAGAAUAUUCUCUGCGACUUUCGUACGGAUAUGAGUCUCAAAGAUAUAACAGCCCGCAAAAUCAGAGCUAUCGAUAUUAUGGUUCGUCUCGCCGCUUGCCGAGAAGUGCGCCAGCCUCGAGCGACACCUUCUCAAGAGGCAAGCAGAGAAUCCUCUCCUGAGAUGGCUGAGUCCAAACUAGUUCUCAAGCCCGAACCAUUCGAAAAUUUUCCGCUCCUGCUAGGCAAAACGCAAUGCAUCUUCUGUGUGGGGGAUGUGCGACUGACUCGCGCAGCUCGAAUGAGAAAGUUCAAGCGUGUUUCACACAUGAUGGACCAUGUCGAGAACGUUCAUCUGCGGCACGAGAAGGGCAAUGCGAGGUUUGUGUGCCGCCACCCCGAAUGCCAGCAUCUCGGUGAUUUUCUGACAAGCUUGGAUCACUUUAAAAACCACGUUCAAACCGUGCAUGGCGUAAAGCUUCGCGAGUAA